AUGCAUCUGAUGUUGGAAACCAUCCCUGAUAUCCCACCCCAGACAAACAUACUUGAUUUACGCUUCAACCACAUCAAGGAGAUACAACCUGGAGCUUUCAGGAGACUGAAGAACCUCAACACACUGCUCCUGAACAAUAAUCAGAUAAAACAAAUUGUGAGAAGAUCCUUUGAAGAUCUGGAGAACCUGAAAUACCUCUACCUUUAUAAAAAUGAAAUUCAGAGCAUCCAGCAACAUGCCUUCAAUGGGCUCCGUUCUCUGGAACAGCUCUACCUGCAUUUCAACAACCUGGAAAGUCUGGAGUCGGAGACUUUUAGUGACCUGCCUAAACUUGAAAGGCUAUUCUUGCACAACAACAAGAUUUCAAGGAUUCAUCCAGGGACAUUCUCUCAACUGGAAUCCCUCAAACGGCUGCGGUUGGACUCCAAUGCCUUGCUUUGCGACUGUGACUUGAUGUGGCUGGCUGAGCUGCUGAAGAAAUACGCUGAGCAGGGCAGUAUCCAGACAGCCGCCACCUGCGAGGCUCCUCGGGAGCUGCACGGGCGCUCCAUCGUCACCUUGACCGCACAGGAGUUUAACUGCGAGAGGCCUCGCAUAACCUCAGAACCCCAUGAUGUCGACGUCCUCUUGGGAAACACAGUUUAUUUCACCUGCAGGGCAGAAGGCAACCCAAAGCCUGCAAUUAUUUGGCUGCACAACAAUAAUGAGAUCGACAUGAAAGAUGACAACCGCCUGAACCUGUUGCAAGAUGGUACCUUGAUGAUCCAGAAUACCAAGGAGUCGGACAAAGGCGUCUACCAGUGCAUGGCCAAGAACAUAGCUGGGGAGGUCAAGACACAAGAAGUCGUGCUGCGCUAUUUUGGCGCCCCAUCCAAACCCACUUUUGUGAUCCAGCCGCAGAACACUGAAGUGCUGAUUGGGGAAAGUGUCACCUUGGAGUGUGGGGUCUCUGGGCACCCCCACCCUCGCAUCAGUUGGACCCUUGGCACAGGCUCUCCUUUACCGCAGGAUUCCCGUUUUGCUAUCACCAGCUCUGGAGGACUCUUCAUUCAGAACGUCACCUUCUCGGACCAGGGGCAGUACAACUGCAAUGCCAGCAACACUGAGGGAUCCAUCCAGGCAACAGCAAGGAUCAUAGUGCAAGAUUCUCCCAGGUUUCUCCUCAUCCCCACUGAUCAGACAGUAACUGAGGGACAAAGCGUGGAUUUCCCCUGCUCUGCUGAGGGUCACCCUCCACCCGUGAUUGCCUGGACGAGGGCAGGUGGGCCACUGCCGAAUGAUCGGAGGCACAGCAUCCUCUCCACGGGUACCCUGCGGGUGAUGAGGGUAGCUUUGCAUGACCAAGGCCAGUACGAAUGCCAUGCUAUCAGCGCCAUCGGAGUGAGGACCCUCCCGGUACAGCUGUCGGUGACCCCACGAGUGAUCCCCGUGUUCCUUCAUCCCCCUCAAGACGUGGUGGCAGAGACAGGCCAGGACGUUGCGAUUACCUGCACUGCCCAAGGAGAUCCUCGGCCCACCAUAACCUGGGUCAAAGAGGGUAUCCAGAUCACAGAGAGUGGCAAGUUCCACGUAAGCCAAGAUGGGACCCUUUCCAUUCAAGACCUCGGCGUGGCUGACCAGGGCAGAUACGAGUGCAUAGCAAGAAACCCCUUUGGCUUCACCUCCAGCGCUAUGCAGCUCACCAUCACCGCCACGGAUGUCGGUCGGAGCGGUGACACGUUUGUAGCCACAUCGAUACGGGAAGCUAUCAGCAGCGUGGACCACUUGUUCGGCAGACGCCCCAAGACGCCCAAUGACUUGCUGGCUCUCUUCCGUUACCCCCGGGACCCUUACACCCUUGAAACAGCCAGGGCAGGUGAGAUCUUUGAAAGGACCUUGCAGCUGAUUCAAGAACAUGUGCAACAAGGUCUAAUCGUGGAUAUGAAUGUCACAGGCUAUCGGUACAAUGACUUGGUGUCCCCUCACUACCUGAACAUGAUCGCCAACCUGUCGGGCUGCUCUGCCCACCGCCGCACGCCGAACUGUUCAGAUAUCUGCUUCCACAAGAAGUACAGGACCCACGAUGGGUCUUGCAACAACCUCCAGCACCCGAUGUGGGGUGCAUCUCUCACAGCCUUCCAGAGGCUCCUCAAACCUGCCUACCAGAAUGGAUUUAACCUCCCCCGGGGAUUUUCCUUGGCAGAAGAUGCCAGGGACCUGCCCCUUCCUCUACCCCGCCUCGUCUCCACUGCCAUGGUUGGGACUGAGACCAUCACCCCCGAUGACCAGUUCACACACAUGCUCAUGCAGUGGGGCCAGUUUCUGGACCACGACAUGGACCAGACGGUGGCAGCCAUUAGCAUGUCCCGCUUCUCAGACGGAGCACCCUGCAGCGAGGUGUGCAGCAAUGACCCACCUUGCUUCUCCGUCAUGGUCCCUGCCAAUGACCCUCGCGUGAGGAACGGGCGCUGCAUGUUCUUUGUCCGCUCGAGUCCCGUGUGCGGUAGCGGGAUGACCUCCCUGCUAAUGAACUCCGUCUAUGCCAGGGAGCAGAUCAACCACUUGACAUCUUACAUCGAUGCCUCCAAUGUUUAUGGCAGCACAGAGCAGGAAUCACGGGAGCUGCGGGAUCUGAACAGCCAAAAUGGGCUACUGAAGCAAGGGCAAGUUGUGCCCAGCUCGGGGAAGCAUCUCCUUCCCUUUGCUGUGGGGCCACCCACUGAGUGCAUGAGAGAUGAGAACGAGAGCCCUGUGCCGUGCUUCCUGGCAGGAGACCACCGUGCCAAUGAGCAGCUGGGUCUCACAGCCAUGCACACGCUUUGGUUCAGGGAGCACAACCGCAUUGCCACAGAGCUGUCAGCCCUCAAUCCCCAUUGGGAUGGAGACCUCCUGUAUCACGAGGCACGGAAGAUUGUGGGUGCCCAGAUGCAGCAUAUCACCUAUGCCCAGUGGCUUCCCAAGGUCCUUGGGGAAGCUGGGAUGAAGAUGCUGGGUGAGUACAAAGGCUACAACCCCAACAUCAAUGCGGGGAUUCUCAACGCCUUUGCCACUGCUGCCUUCCGCUUUGGGCACACCUUGAUCAACCCCAUCCUGUACCGACUGAAUGAAACUUUCCAGCCCAUCCGCCAAGGCCACAUCCCCCUGCACAAGGCCUUCUUCUCCCCUUUCAGGAUCACACAGGAGGGUGGGAUCGAUCCUCUCCUCCGCGGGCUGUUUGGGGUUCCUGGGAAAAUGCGGGUCCCCUCUGAACUCCUCAACAUGGAGCUGACAGAGAAACUCUUCUCCAUGGCACACUCUGUCUCAUUGGACUUGGCUGCUAUCAACAUCCAGAGAGGGCGAGACCAUGGCAUUCCACCUUACAAUGACUUCAGGGUCUUCUGCAACCUCUCAUCUGCACAGGAAUUUGAGGACCUCAGAAAUGAGAUAAAGAACUUGGAGAUCAGGGAAAAGCUCAGGAGUUUAUAUGGAACUACCAAAAAUAUUGACCUGUUUCCAGCCCUGAUGGUGGAGGAUCUUGUCCCUGGUACCAGAGUUGGACCGACGCUGAUGUGCCUGUUAACGACACAGUUCAGAAGGCUGAGGGAUGGAGAUAGAUUUUGGUAUGAGAAUCCUGGAGUCUUCACGCCGGCACAGCUGACUCAGAUCAGACAGACAUCCCUUGCUCGUGUCAUCUGUGACAACAGUGACAACAUCCAGCAGCUCCAGAGAGAUGUCUUCCGGGUGGCAUCGUACCCACAGGGUAUGGUCGGCUGUGAAGAGAUUCCCAUAGUGGAUCUACACUUGUGGCAGGACUGUUGUGAGGACUGCCGGACACGUGGGCAAUUCAGAGCUCUUUCUCAGCGGUUCCGAAGCAAGAGGUCUCCUGGCUUCAGCUACCCAGAGGAAAACCCUGCCAAGCAUAAGCCUGCCUUCCCCAGAAAUGAAGUGCCUUCUCCAAGCCCUUCCUCCAGAGAGAAUCUCGAGUCCAUUGUGGCUGAACUGGAGAAGACAGUUGCUUCCCUGCGUAAACAGGUGAAUGCACUAGAGAGCCAGCUGUGGUGGCACCACAGGAACACCAGCACGCCUGGACGGGGAAAGAACACUGGAGACAAAUGGAGAAAAAGAUGA